GUGUCCGUCGAAAUCCGUCGUAGGGCGUGCUCCUUUGCGCGGCUUUUUUUGGCUAAUAGUAUAGAGAAACAGCUUCAUAAAGUGUAUAUUGUAUGAAAAUGUUCCUUCUAGGAUACUCGGCUGCCGCCCUCUGCCUCGUGUUGUUCGCCUCAGGAGCAGUUUCAGCUGUAGAUGUGACGAAAGCAGUGGGUGAUGAAGUUUCCUUUAGUCCAGCCAGUGUUAUCCCUCCUGGAGCCAGCAUUAUAUGGAAACACAGAAGCGCUAGUGGAUCUGUUAUCAAGGCGAUUGAAUAUGAUGAAGAUGGUACACAGACCCGGAAUCCGAACUUCCAAGGCAUCACAACUCUUAAUGAGAAGACUGGAAAAAUCACUAUAAAAGGUUUAAAACUUGUCCACAGUGGAGUUUAUACCAUUGACAUCAACAGCAAAGAGCAGGAACAAAAAUUCAGCUUGACUGUUAAAGAGCGGGUGCCCAAACCUACGAUAACAACAGAGAAAUCUGUCGACUUAAAAGCUGCAUAUUUGACAUGCAAGUAUGCUGAAAACGUCACCAUGGAGUUAUCAAUCAUUUGGAAGAAUUCUACUGGAGAAAUUAAGACCUUCACGAGUAAUGAGCAAAGUCAGUUCAUCACAGUCCACAGCACUGGAAAUCCAAAGAACUACUACACAUGCACACUAGAUAACAUCGCAAGUGCUGAAACCAGUGAUCCAGUCAGAGAGGAAGAGCUGUUUAAAGAGGAAUCAAGCAGUGGACCUGGGUUGACCAUUUUUAUUGUCAUCUUUGUCAUCUUUGUUUUGAUCAGUGUCAUCGUAGCUGCUCUGUAUAAAUGGAAACCUGACAUUUUUAAGGAACAUGUUCCAUGUUUAAAAGGUCAACGCAAACUGGAUCCAGAAAAUAUUAACAGUGGAGAGGGGACGGCAACAGAAGCUGAUCACCUGAAUGAAAUUAAAGUCGAGGGUCAACGCAAACUGGAUCCAGAAAAUAUUAACAGUGGAGAUGGGAUGGAAGUAGAAGUUAGAAAACGUCUGAUGGAUGAAAAUUCUCCUCAAACCGAGGGAGAUCAACAGAAUCCAAGUGCACCAAGUAGUGAUGGUGGAGAGGGGACGGCAACAGAAGACAAUAACAGCACUUUGUGAAUUUGAUCACCGAGGCAUAACCAUAACAAAACUGCAGAUGGAGGAUUCUCUUCAUGUCAGUCCUUUGUAGGCUCAAAAACAUGUUUUCAGAGAUGACCCGAUGUGUAUUUGUCUGAGAUUAGAAUUUUGUAUGAAAGGAGUAAUUCUGAAUGUUUUCUCUACUAUAUGCUCAUGCUGCAGAGAAUUUAGUUUUUUCAAAUCUGAUUUACAUUUUGCUAAUUUUUGCAAAUCCCUUCAGGCAAUCAAUAUCAGAUGCUUUAGUUAUGAUAUGGCAAUGGAGCUGCAUUUUGAAGAGUUUAGGUCAAAUCCUUUUUAUAGACGUGUCAUUACUUGUACAGUUAAAGACAAAAUUAUCAGCCCUCCUCAGGAAAUGUCAUUAUUUUUCAAAUAUUUCCCAAAUGAUUUUUAAUAGAAGAGAUUUUUUUAAAUGCAUUUUAAACAAUAGUUUUAAUAUAGUUAAUAAUACAUACAUAACUAUAAACAUAGAUAUACCUAAAUAUAUAGAUAUGUAUGUCUUUAUUCCAGCCAAACUAUAGGAACUUUAGAGCUUUUUCCAGAUUACUUUAAAUUUCACAAUAUUUAACAGGAGGGUUUAUAAUUUUGUCUUUAAGAUAAUUGUCCCCUUUUAUCUCUAUUUGUCUGCUGUUCGUUUCCUUUUUGGACCGGAUGUGACCAUAGAAAUUGACUAAGCAAAAUUGUGGAUUUAAUUAUAUCAUUAACAAGAUACAGUAAUUACUGCCAACAGUUGAUUUAAAGCUCAUGAGAGAGGAUUUUAAUGAUAGUAAAGCAAUGCGAAUGACAUUGCGCAGAGUUCACAAUGACGAAGUUAUAGAAUAUAUGGAUAUAAAACAUCUGAAUUUAAUUUAUACCACAAAAAAACGCACCAAUCCACACUACAAAGACCACACAGUAUGUAAUGAAAUGGCGCACCAUACAACACCGAGGAGCUAAGAAGUGAAUGUGAGUGGAUUGUGUGGGGAAUAAUUAAUUAUCAAUGUGAACCGCUCAAAGAUCAGCGCAGUUGACCUGAAUCUAUGUUAUAUUAGUUGCUGCAUCUCAUGUAAAUAUUAGCUAUUUAUAUAGUUUUUUUUGUUAUUGCUGGGCACAAAUGAACCAAUUAAUUGCAUCCAAAGUAAAAGUUUCUGACAUAAUUUAUGUGUGUGCGUACUGUGUAUGUUUAUUAUGUGUUUAUAAAUACACACAGGCCUGCAUAUAUUUAAGAAAUUGUUUAAUUAUAUUUAUAUGAUAAUAAUUAUAUAAAUAUAAAAAUGUAACUAAAUUGUAGUUUUGUUUCUAUGUAUGUGUGUGUGUCACAUACACAUAAUAAAUAUAUUUAACACACACACAUAUGUCAAAACAAACUAAUGAUUUUGGAUGUGAUUAUUCACGAUAAAUCUUUGUCCAGCACUAGCUGUUUGCUUGUUUGGAAGAUAUUUCAUAUUAAGUGAUGCAGCAGUUACACCUACGCAGUGUCUACACUACAGAGUGCACGACCAUUUACCUAAAGCAUUGCAAGAUCCCAGAGACAGAAGCCAAGGGAAAACAGUUCUGUUGUGAGAUAUAUGCCCGCUUUAAUGAAAUAGGUGUCUGGUGUAGACAAGGUGUGUGUGUAAAUAAAGUGUAUACAUAUGUAUAUAGAUGGUUUUUCUUUUAACCAAUAAACAAUUAUCACUUAGUCCAAACUGCCAUGGCGAACACUUGAAUUGAAAAUCUUACUGAUUUGCUGUACUGAAGACAAAUUGAGCCAAGGGGUUCUGUUCCAGAAAACAAGUUUACUUGCUUUCACAUUAAUUCUAAAUUCUGGGUUAAUUAACCCUAAAUGGGUGAUUCCUAAAAGGUUCUGGGAGUAAGUUCAGCUAACUCAGGUUAUAUUACUCUUCAACACAAAAGACAAGUCACCAUAGAAAGCAGCCAAACAGCAGCAUGCAACAUGUCUUCCUUUUUUUGAAUGGUUAUAUUCUUAGUGAGAAAUCUCUCACUAUUUUAUUGCAUUAUUUUGUCAUUUUGAUUAUAUAUAAUAUAACUGCAUUUAGAUGGGAUGAAUUGACGAUCACCAAUUAUUUUGCCAAUGACAAAUCAAACAAUCAGUAAUCAAAGUAGUUUUUAAACUCAGCGCUUAGCCAUCCAAUUAUCAACAGAGAAUUUUCACAUUGUUUUUUGAAAGAUCUGUUAUAGAUCACAUUUCUGUUUUUAAUUAAAGGUUACAUUAUCUUUAAAAUAAAUACAAGACCAAAAUAAAACAAAUUAGCAACAACCUGCAAAUUAUAUAGAGACAAUUUACAAUUUUGUUUGUUUGUUGAUUUGUUUAUUUUUUGUUUAUGCAAACAUAAUGAACAUUUGUGAUGGAAAAUGAAAAGUAAUGUUUAAAAACUGUUGCAUGAUUUAUGAAAACAAAUGAUUUAUGUAACAGUUUGAGAACAUUGUAAAAAUGUAUUUGUUUAUUUAUGUGUUUUUAAAAAGGAACUUCUCUCAUUUUAAGAUUCCUUUUAUUGUAAUUAAGACAAUGCAGUGUACAUUAAGUUGUUGCACUGGUACACAAUAAAAUAUCAUAGGUUUUUCUCAUCUUUCUGAACUAAAUACAUUGUAAAAAAAAGUGCUAAAAAUAAAUUAAUACAAUUAAAUAGAACUAAUGUUUGCUCAUAACAUUGAGGGAACAUUGCCAGAACAUUAGCUAAUGCUCUGGGAAUGUUCUCUGUUGGCUGGAUGUCAAGCAGCUUCCUAACACGUAAAUUCCUAGAUUGCAAAUCUUGCAGUUGUCUUAAACUCAUUCUCACGUACAUGUUUAGCAAAUCUUAUAACAACACGUGAUGCAGCAAAAGAUAUCUUUUCCAUGUUAAUAGGAGUUUUUCUUCUAGCCAUCUUUUGGUGAUGCAUACAAUUUCUACCUUUGGAAAUGCUUUCCAUUUCUGCAACGUUGAAUGAAAGUCAGAACUGAGACUCAGUGAAACUGAUGUUCACCAGUCACGCUUGGUGCAGAGCAAACAACCAAAGGGCUUGUUGCUGGAGUGUUGUUGUGUCAUGUGUUGACGCAAUGUUAGACUUUCAUUUUUGCUGUUUUCUCAGUUUAUUUCAGUCUAAAACUCACCCAAAUAGUAUUUCAACAGACCCAUAUCAAAGGACAGCAGGAAAAUGUCAUUUAGGUCAAUAGUGGUUUGUGCAAAGACAGAUCUCAAGUAGAAGACUCUCUUUUUUAUUGUCUGUAAUUGUUAUGUAAUGUUAAAUUCACUGAAAACCUUCGCUCUAGAAUCUUGAUUCAUUUCAAGGCCCGGGCUUCUUGGCUUUUCUCACAUUUCUUGGACUUCUGCCUUAAGAGUCAAGGGUGUGGUUAUGAUUUAUUCAUACCUCACUCAUGAGAUCAUAUACUUGGAUUUUGUUCUUCUCUGCGUAUAUAUUCCUGUAUAUUAUCACUUUAUAUUAAAACAUUUCUCAAUAUUUUAUCUACGGAAUAUUUUUUCAUUUUAUUUUUGAUUUUGUAUAUAUAUAUAUGCUUCAGAAAAACAGACUGGAAGGCUACAGUAUUGUUAAAAGUUUUAGGCACUUGUGUAAAAAUGAGGAUGCUUUCAAAAAUAAUAGAUUAAUACAUUUACUUUAUCAAUUUACUUAUGUUGACCUAAUCAAAUCAACAUUUGGUAUGAACACACAUUGUGUUAUUAACACUUAGUACACGUGCCCAUAGUGUUUUUCAGGUAGCUUUGCAAGUCAGUUUUUUGAAGCACCUUUGAGGUGUCACCAAAGUUCUUCAGGAUUUUUGUUUCUUCAUAUCAUCCAGACUAGAUGGUGAUCAGAUUAGAUCUCUGUGUGGAGCACUGGCUCUUGUCAGACUCUAUGUGCAGACUGUAGAAUUAAAAUUAAUGACAAAAAUAAUGUUUGGAAAUGUAAACUAAUACAUUGGAAAUUUCAAACUAACAUGCUACAGAAAAAUAUUGGUGAAGGAAAUCAAUAUUGCUGAAAAUAUGAGGGGCCUAAGACUUCUGCAUAGUACUGUGUGUAUGUGUAUAUAUAUAUAUAUAUAAGUCUUGUCUCAUGCAUUGGUUGUGUUUUGAAUGUUGUUUAGCUUUUGGACCUACAGCAAAUCUUUUUAUCGGAGGUCACAAUAGUACCACACUCAAAAAAAAAACUACCAAAAUAAAUAAAUAAAUCAUGGAAAUGGUAUGAACUUCCUUUUUAUGGUGUGCAAAUGCAAACAUUUGUGUUUGAGUCUGAGAUGCACUGGUAUUUGAAUGUAUAGGAAUUGCAUGAAAUGUUUGCCUUAAUGGUGUUUCAUUUGCUGCCAUUUUCUUUAAGAAAGUCGGCAGUGAGGAAACACUAACCUAACAACUGCUUAAGGGGUUUAAAAACAAAUGAAGGAAGUUCUCGAGUCACUGUUGUUAAGAUUUGUCAAUCUAGCAAUAAACAGACACGAGCUUCUAGAAACUGCCUUUGCUCUCGGUGUCUUUUGAAUGGUAAAAAUGGCUUUUAACCAAUACUGUAUUCUGCAAUGUCGUGUCUUUUAUCAUUUUCUUUAUAUUUAGUUAAAUUAUUUCAUCACGUCGUGUCUAUUGUGUUUAGAAUUAAAAGCUUUCGCCAUUCUUUGAAAUGAUUUGUUUGUGUGUGAAUUUCUGUUCAGGCCAGCUCAUUUCAAAACUGAAUCUUUAAUCAUUGAAGGUGGCUUAUUUCUUUUUCUUUAUUUUGUGUGAUAGCAUGUCUGACAGCCUGUCGAUUGCAGUGUCCAAGUAUUAAUAAAGAAGCCAUUUAGGAACUGGUGGCAAAAGCAA